AUGGAGGAGGACGGGACGCAGCUUCUACAGCCAACAGGCCUCGAUCCAAUUUCUCGACCAGAUUCCACCUCGACUACCGCAUCAGCUUCGCUACCACAUCACGUACUGCCCGGUAUCUCAGCGCUUGCUGCUGCCAAUGCGGCCACGGAUGCUACAACUCAGCUAAGAGCAUCGGCCGCUCCGUCGCCCGCUAUGUAUGCGACCGCAUCUCCUGCCGCAACGAGUGGGGGAUCUGGAAGUACCAUGCCAACCUGCCAGAACUGCAGCACCUCUACCACACCACUAUGGCGUCGCGACGAAUUUGGCUCUGUUCUUUGCAAUGCCUGUGGCUUGUUCCUUAAGCUGCAUGGCCGACCCCGGCCAAUUUCCCUCAAGACCGACGUUAUCAAGAGUCGCAACCGCGUCAAGACUAUGCGCCCUGACUUGGCAAAUAAGAAAAAGCAACAACAACAACAGCAGCAACAAGCUGCACAAGGCUUCGCAACGAACGAUGCGAAUGGGUUUGACCCUUCUGGACAGGCGGCAGCGGCAGCCGCACAUGCUGCCCAAGCUGCGCGACGAGCAUCCCACAAACCGAACGGUCACGACGGCGCCGAUUCCCCAAUCUCCCGCACCGGCACACCCUCCAUGUAUGCCCAUGGCUUGUCGUCCUUUAUGGUUGAUGAUCCGUACCAGGGUGGCUUUGUCGCAACAGGAGAAGGUCGCGCAUCAUCUCCCUCGAACGGAGAACGCAAGAUGGAUGCUCCCCCGACGUACGAGCAGCUUAUUGCGAUUAAUUCAAGCCUCAAGACUAGGGUCAGCGAGUUGGAGGUCAUUAUCGAGCUCUUUCGAGGCCGUCUCAGCCAACUGGAACAACAGGAGGCCGCCGCGCGAACUGGUCAGCAGGCCGCGGAUGUAGAGCAGUCGCAACUACGUGCGCAGCUCGAGGACAGCCAUCGACGAGAGAAUAGCUUGAAGCGACGCUUAGACGAACUUGAACUCGAGUUCCAAACGAACCAAGGAAUCAGUUCAGCCCCUGAGGAGCGACCCGCCAAAAGACCUCGUACAUUGAGCGACCCCGUCAAGACUCAGGCGGAGGCGGACAUCGAGGCUGCCGCCGAAGCACUACUUGCUUCGGAAGCAUCCAGACCCAGCGAACCUGCCGAGCCCGCACCCGCCGUUAAUGAUCAGCAACCAACCGAGGUAGUAGAGCCCUCUGAAGAGACAAAGGAGGCUUCUACUGUUCCUGAGACAGAGGACGUUCCCAUUGACCCUGAUAUGCCCGUGAUGGACGAGAGCUCCCAACCUACAGAAGAAGUCAAGGCACCUGAGGAUAUCGAAGUACCUGAUGCUCCUGCCACUGCCUCUGCUGACGUCGAGGCCGCUGCCGAAGCUUCUUCUGAGGAAAAUGAAGGCACAGAAGCUUCUGCGCCUGCGCCCGCGACCGCGAUCGCAGCUACAUGA